AUCCUCUCCAGUCUGAAACCCUUCAUGAGAACAGGGUAAAUCAGUUUAACGAGCCUGGAAACACUGUGAAAUUACAUGACAGUAUGUGGAAAUCUCUCCUUCUUGUCUUUUCUCCUCUAUUAAUGCCGUUCUGUGGCGGCGUUUGUUUCGUGUGUCCGGAGAUCUGCCGCUGUUCCCAGAAGAGCAUCACCUGCACGAGUGCAACAGAGAGCCUGAAGAGCAGAACCCAUGGCAGACUAGUUUUGAACUACAUUUCAGUAAGAACAAUCAGCAGUCACAGUUUCGAUGGCCUGAAAGGUGUCAAAAGAAUAGAGAUUGCGCAGAGUACUUCAGUGGAAACCAUCGAGACGGAAGCAUUCAACAACCUUCUGAAUGUCUCGGAGAUCUCAAUCCAAAACACAAGGAGCUUGGUUCACAUCCACAGGCGGGCGUUCAACCAUCUUCCCAAGUUGAGAUAUCUGAGCAUUUCCAACACGGGUAUAUCCGUAUUCCCUGACCUGACCACCAUCUUCUCUCUGGAGUCCUAUUUUAUACUGGAUAUAUGUGAUAAUCUCCACCUUCGGUCAGUUCCACCAAACGCUUUCAUCGGAAUGACGAGUGAAUACACCACAAUGAAUCUCUUUAACAACGGAUUUAGAGAAAUAGAGAGCCAUGCCUUCAAUGGAUCACAAAUAGAUAAACUGGUGUUAAAGAACAACAAAGAUCUGCGUGUGAUCCAUGAAGAUGCUUUCAAAAGAGCUUUUGGUCCUACAGUGCUGGAUGUCUCAGCCACAGCAUUGGAGACGCUGCCCUCUCGUGGUCUGGAGGAUGUGUUAAUGCUUGUGGCUCGUUCAGCGUUCGCCUUGAAGAGGUUGCCUCCACUGAAGGGACUAAAGAGCCUGAGAGAAGCCCACCUCACCUAUCCCAGUCACUGCUGUGCUCUGCUCAACUGGGACUCCAACAGGGAGGGUUCAGUUACUGCCGCAUUGAAAAAUGGAUCGUCACACUGUGGUGACCACAAUCCAUCGGCCAAAAGUCCGUCUGAAAGCACCUUUGAUGACUCCAUAAUGGUAGAUGUUCCUUUUGCACCAGACAUAGUCGGAUCAUCAGCGGAGGAGACUUUUGGAAGUGUGGACUUCUUUUACCCAGAGCUGGACUUGUGCCAGCGCAGACCAGCCCUCCAAUGCAGCCCUGAGGCCGAUGCCUUCAACCCCUGCGAGGACAUAGCUAGUUUUGGGUUCUUGCGGGUCGCCAUUUGGUUUAUCAAUGUCUUGGCCAUUGCUGGCAACCUGACUGUGUUGCUUGUGUUUUUUACAAGCUGCUGCAAACUGACCGUCCCGAGAUUCCUCAUGUGCCACCUGGCUUUCGCCGACCUCUGUAUAGGUGUGUAUCUCCUCAUGAUCGCCACUGUGGACCUCAGAACCCGCGGCCACUAUAGUCAGCAUGCUAUCGAGUGGCAGACUGGAGUAGGAUGUGGCAUUGCCGGGUUCCUUUCUGUGUUCGGUGGUGAACUGUCUGUGUACACGCUAUCAACCAUUACGGUUGAGCGCUGGCAUACAAUCACUCACGCUUUGAGGCUAGAACGACGCCUGGGGUUAAGUCACGCAUCUGCGAUAAUGGUCGCUGGAUGGGUGCUCUGUUUAGGCAUGGCCCUACUCCCCUUAAUGGGCGUCAGCAGCUACAACAAAGUCAGCAUGUGUUUGCCAAUGGACAUCGAGACUCCUUUAUCCCAGGCCUAUGUCAUACUCCUACUUCUAUUCAACGUCAGCGCUUUCCUGUUGAUUUGUGGCUGCUACAUGUGCAUUUACACCGGCGUGCGCAAUCCGGAGUUCCCUGGACGAGCUACAGACACCAAGAUCGCCAAACGCAUGGCCGUGCUCAUCUUCACUGACUUUCUGUGCAUUGCGCCCAUCUCGUUUUUCGCCAUCUCUGCCGCUUUCAAACUGCCACUCAUCACGGUCACCAACUCCAAAAUCCUUCUGGUGCUCUUCUACCCCAUUAACUCUUGCGCCAAUCCCUUCCUCUAUGCCAUUUUCACUAGGGCGUUCCGGAAGGACGCUUGCAUCCUGCUGAGCUCCAUGGGCUGCUGCAAGAGCAGAGCCAACUUGUACCGAAUGAAGAUGCACUGCUCGGAGAACAUCAACAGAAACAAAAGCAGCUUUGGCUCCAACGCCAACACUAAAGCACCACAAGCUGUCAUGUGGAUGUCGACGUUUCCCCAUUUGACACCUCAAUCCAAGAUGCAAAGAGUCUAGAAGAACAGAUGGGUUACAGAGACAUUCUCCUUGUUAACCUCAAAAAGGUCAUUAGCAUUCGACCUGUCUUGUUUAUCGCUGUAUUAUAUACAGUGACAUUUUACCAGACAUUUUAGUUGCCAAGUUUAUCCUGUUCUUCUGCCCUUAAACUUGAAUCUGAAUCUGAUUUGAGAGACAUCUGGAAGACAAUAGUUUUCCGAGGACAGUCUCAUUGUCUCUCGUGUCUCUCAAGUCAUUGACUUAUAAUUCAAAAGAUGCACAGAUCUUUCAAGAGAGGCAUAUGACACUGGAGUAUCAGGAAAUAUAAUAUCAAAAAGGGGAUUAUUCAGCAUUAUGUGACCAUUUCUACAAUGUUGUGCAUUUUACACACAUUACCUGUGAGAUGGGAAGCAUCGUCUGACUUUGCAUCGAUUUCAGUAACGCUAAACUGAAUUCUUGCUGCUGCAAGAGCAUUUUAACCCUCGUGGUACGAAUUCAUACUGGUCAUACCCGUUUACAGUGCCAUUCCCAGUUUAAUUGCAUUUGUUAAUGUAAGAUUGUUUAUUGUGGAAAAGAUUUUCCAGCUCAGUUUUUAAGUACAAAACUUGUCUAAAUGCUCUAUAGGGAUAACUUAAAUAAGUUAUUGCUGAUUUUAAAGUUAUAUAUCUUAAUUUAUUUAUGUGUUUUUAUAGCAUGUAACAGCGUCACCUUGUGGACAAUACGAGUAUUCUGAUUGUUAUUAUCUUUAUCCAUGCAAUUUGUGAAG